UAUUUACAGCUCAAUAGUACAGUAUGUUCUGAUACAUUUUAGUCUAAAAUUUCCGGAUAGCUACUAGAAUUUCGAUAUGGAUUCACAAAACACCGCGAGUUACAACACGACGGAUCAGAGGACUAUACUUUCAAUGAAUUUGGACUGUUGUUGCCGGAGGCAACGUACCAACUUUACGACGCCUCACUAUCUGACACACCGGGGGAAACUAGCCAUUGUUGGCAUUUUUGUAUUUCUAUAUUUUUCCUGCCCAGUAUCGGCUCAAAAUACAUCAGCCUCGACGGAAGUUGGUGAUUUAAAUUCUAGAUGCAAUCAAACAAGGGUAUGCAAAAGGGGCGUCUUUUUACCAGUAUGGCCACCUACCGAGGUCGAUCUAAUCCCGACUGCCGACAAAGUGGGCCGAGCUUGCGUAUAUUUUUUCAGUUUAUUUUAUCUGUUUCUUGGUGUGUCGAUCAUAGCUGAUCGGUUUAUGGCAUCCAUCGAAGUCAUAACUUCAAAGGAAAAGGAGGUCACUGUAACCAAACCAAAUGGCGAAGUAAUCGUGACAACUGUAAGAGUUUGGAAUGAGACUGUAUCUAAUCUUACUCUUAUGGCCCUGGGAUCUUCUGCUCCUGAAAUUAUGUUGUCUGUUAUUGAGGUUAUUGGCAAAGGUUUCACUGCUGGAGAACUUGGACCUUCUACCAUUGUAGGUAGCGCGUCCUUCAAUCUAUUUAUCAUCAUUGCCAUUUGUAUGUACGUUAUACCUGAUGGUGAAAUCCGAAAAGUCAAGCAUCCUCGCGUUUUCUUCAUCACCGCAGUUUGGAGCAUAAUGGCAUAUAUUUGGCUAUACCUCAUAUUAGCUGUGUUUUCGAAGGGAGUUGUUGAAAUUUGGGAAGGGGUUGUCACCCUACUUUUCUUUCCAAUGCUGGUUGUUUUGGCUUGGAUAGCGGACCGACGUUUGCUGGUAUACAAAUACAUGUACAAACGUUAUCGCAAGCGAAAGCAUGUUAUCGUAGAAACAGAAGGUAGCGCAACUGGAGAACUCCGUGACAUGGUUGGGGCCGAAGAAAUGCGUCACCUUGGAAAGGGCAGUCAGGCAGGAACUCUAAGCCGAAGUAGCGACAGUUUAGAAGGAAAUAUCUCCAUAAAAUUUGACGGGGACGAGGAUGCCACAUGGGAUACAGAAGCACAAAAACGGGAAAUGAUUCGUCUUCUUCGAAAUUUGAAAAAGAAACAUCCAGAGGCUGACAUGCAGGACUUGGCUAGAAUGGCUAACUUGGAAUCGUUGAAUCAACAGCACAAAAGUAGGGCUUUUUAUCGCAUCCAGGCCACCAGAAAGAUGACAGGAGCGGGAAACAUACUGAAGACGAAAUCUGAUCAUGCUAAUAGGGAUUUGAGCGACAGCCUACAGAUAGUGACUGAUGACGCAGAUGACCUGAUUACCAAGAUUUCGUUCGAUCCCGCGGAAUAUAAAGUAAUGGAAAACUGUGGAUGCGCCGAGCUUGAGGUGGUCAGACGAGGGGGAGAUCUUAAUACCACUAUGUGUGUGGAUUACCGCACGGAAGAUGGAACUGCCAACGCCGGGUCUGAUUACGAUUUCACGGAGGGUACUGUCAUCUUCAGGCCUGGAGAAACACUUCACAUGAUCAAGAUUCCUAUCAUUGACGACGAUAUUUUUGAAGAAGAUGAAUAUUUCCGCGUAACAUUGAGUAAUGUUAGGCUGUCGGAGAAUGCGAACGGUUCUCAGGGUCUAGCGAGUAGAACAGUUCGUCUCGAACCACCUAUUGUAGCAACCGUUGUUAUUCUCGACGAUGACCAUGCUGGUGUCUUCUCUUUUCCGGAUCCUUCAGUGACAGUCAGCGAGAGCGUUGGUAUACUGAGUAUUCCAGUGAAGAGAGAUUCUGGAGCAAGAGGAUGCGUUACAAUUCCGUACAAAACUGUCGCCCACACCGCCACCGGGGGUGGGGAGGAUUAUGUAGAUGCCUUCGGGGAGUUGGAAUUUGAAAACGACGAAACAAUGAAGAAAAUUGAAGUUCCAAUUUGUGACACGCUGAGGUAUUACAAACGAUCAAAAUUAUAUCUGGAAAUGGAAGAACCAUAUAUUCCGGAUCCCACACAGAAGGACUCAUAUACAGGAAACGAUACCGGAAGUGAUUCUGGUAUAAAUGGACGGGACGAGGAAGAAGAACGCAAGUUGACAGACGAGGAGAAGGAAGAAGCAAAGAGAAUCGCGGAAUUAGGAAAACCAAGAUUGGGAGACAACAGCAAAAUUGAAAUCAUUAUAGAAGAAAGUUAUGAAUUCAAGAAUACCGUCGAUAAGUUGAUAAAGAAAGCGAACUUGGCUGUUAUUGUUGGAACUUCGUCGUGGCGAGAACAAUUCAUGGACGCUUUGUCAGUAAAAGGAGGUGAUGACGAUGACGGCGACGCAGCAGAAGAAGAUCCAACACCUUUUGAUUACGUCAUGCAUUUCUUGACCGUUUUCUGGAAGCUUCUAUUUGCUAUUGUGCCACCAACUGACUAUUUUGGAGGAUGGGCGUGUUUCACCUGUUCCAUACUGGUUAUUGGACUUUUGACAGCAGUCAUCGGUGACGUUGCGUCACAUUUCGGUUGCACCAUUAACCUUAACGACGCAGUUACUGCUGUCACGCUGGUAGCGAUGGGUACUAGUGUCCCAGACACUUUUGCAAGCAAGGUAGCGGCAGUUGGAGAUCAAUACGCCGAUGCAUCAAUCGGUAACGUUACUGGAUCAAACGCCGUUAACGUUUUUUUGGGAAUCGGGGUUGCAUGGACAAUAGCCGCUGUAUAUUGGGCUAUUAUGGGCACAACUGAUUAUGAGAAGCAGUUCCAUGUUAGGCCUGGAAAUCUUGCAUUUUCUGUGACUUGUUUUUCCGUUUUAGCUGUUUUAGCAAUCGCGAUCUUGUUGAUCAGACGCAGAUCCAAAAAGAUCGGUGCUGAACUGGGAGGCCCACGAAAGUACAAAAUUAUUUCUAGCCUUAUUUUUGUAUUUUUCUGGGUUUUGUACGUCGUAUUAUCGGCAUUGGAUAGCUACUGCAUUAUCACGACUUUUUAAUACACGCGACUGAAAACGAACAAAGAAAAGAUGAACAUAUUUUCAAAUUGUCACGACGAACGACGUCACUAUAAAAAAUUUUAAACCUCAGCUGUGAAUUUAUAAAGAAUCAGUGUUUCAUAAUAUUACGUGAAGUUGCACUUUUGUAAAACAAUACAGGUGACUAGGAGAGAGAAUACAUAUAUUGCGCCUCUGCUGUUUUGUUCUCAGCAAUGAAUAUGAAUAUGCGAAGUCUUCCAUGUAUUUUUCGAGAGGCGAAAUGAUCACUGUGCGAAAAAUGAAAAAAUCUCUGGCUGUUACAAGUUUUGACUUUGUAUGACUAUACGGAAUGUUGACUUAAAGUACUUUUAAAGUGCUGUCAAUUUCUAAUGAUGUAGCACCGCAUCUAACCGACACAAAUCAAGUAAAAUCAAAUUGAAGCAUUUACAGAUAGCAUUUAUAGUUAACGAACGCCGUAAGAUCGUAAAAAUGCCAGUGCAUUUUUCUUAUUUUUCCUACAUUGUGAGUAUGUUUCACAUGGUUCUCUAUGCGAAUGCACACUCUUGUGAGUGAGUUACCGAAAAAUGUGCUAUUUUUGAUUACACAUAAUUUAUGAAUAGAUCCAAAUUCCUAAUUAUAGCGUAUGAUAAUGAAAAAUUUAUUCAGUGCAACUCAUCGAGAAUACGAGUACAUAUAUUACAUGCUAUUUAUUUAUUUUUAUAACAAUGAAAUCCCUCAUUUACAACAUUUUUGCAGUGUGCGAGGCGUUGAAGGUGUAGUGAAAUUUACAUACAUAUUUAUCAAGUUGACAAAUUCUGUACAUACAUACACAGCAGAGCAUAUUUCGCUUUGUCUUAUUUAUUCUAGCGACUUAAAAAUAAAACGUUUAACACAACAAACGGUCGACUACACGCCCGGUUAUAUUUGUGUUGACUGUUUCAGUCCUUGAAGGCUUAUAAUCUAUUAUUUUUGAAUAUCCGUAAAAUUCUCAAGUUGAACUAUAUUUUGUAGCAGUCGUGUAUUUUCUCAUUGAUUGGUAAUUAUUAUGUUUUACGUUUUGCCAAUUAUCAAAAUUCCAAUACAAACGUACCCAUUUUUCCUAAACUUGUGAGAACAUUGUUUGCUUGUGUUUAAAAUCGCCUUUUAACUGUAUUACAAAUUCAUCCGAUCGUGUGAAACUUGAACUCGCUUUGGCUCCACAUUUCCAAUAAUUCAGGCAACAUUACAUUAUUAGAAUUAUUCAAACUACUAUUUCUACUUAACGAUUGUUUCGAAGCAACUUUUUUCCUCUAUUACGAUUUCAGAUUUCGAGAUCUUCCAUGAUGAAUCCGUACUAAUCUGAUUUGGUAUUUUUAUCAACUCCAUUCAGCAAAAGAUGACUCUUACUCAGACUUACUAAUAUAUUUCGCCGUGUGAUUAAUAUUAUAUUAUUAUAUAAUGAUUACUUUAUCUAUAAAUAUAUUUCUCGUUUUGCAUUUUAUCUCUCGAUGUUAUUUAUUGAUUUUUUUUUCGUUCAAACGUCAUACACACAUCCUCAAUAUUAAGGUAAAAAAGCUGGCAACGGUCUGAAGGGAUUAUACCGGAUAUGGACCAUAUCUCAAAUAUGCCUCCACGACGCCUUUUACCAGUGGUCAAAUGAAGUAGAAAUGAUUUGUUGCUUUUUGGCGUAAUAUUGCGCGUCUAUAGUUAAUUUUUUUUUAUGAAUACGCGGAUUAAAAUCAUUUUCGAUUUGUGUUUUUUCGUCUCGUGUGUUAUAUUCGCUCGCUAACACUAGACGAUUAGUAAUGGGAUAUCGUUUGCCACGGAAUCUACAUUUUUCUUGACGUUUGAUAGGAAAUUACAAACUGUCACACCAGAAUAGAAUAUCGAAAAUAGAAGGCGAAGCUCACUGGUUUCGGAAAUUUGUAUUCAAAACAUAUACUUGCAUAUUUUAUAUGAUACACCCCAGCAUAAUCUUUGUAUACUUUGCGAAAUAAUACAAAAAUUGAGUUAUGUAACCGAAUGCUGAAUUUCAGAUAUCUGGAUUGUUUGCGUCAUAUUUGUGUGUUGAUAUAAAAGCAAGAAAUUAUUGAAAA